CAAAACAUAGCCAACACCCGUCAUCGUCUUCAAUCUCACUUCGCAUCGAAUCAGACGAUCUCUCCAAAACCCUAAUUCAUCUUCUCCGAUCAAUUGGUUUCGAAUCGGGGAGUGAAGGAUACCACAAGAGAGGGUCAGAGAUGUCUCUUCCGCUACUUGAGUGUAAGUACGUGACGGAGGAGUUCGUUCGCGAAGGGAAGAGUGGCAGCUACGGUUCCAAGCUGCCCAGCUCCGUACCGAUGCUUCGUUUCCUAUACGAGCUCUGUUGGGUUUUGGUUCGUGGCGAGUUGCCGAUUCAGAGCUGUAAGGUAGUGUUGGAGAAGGUGAAGUUUUUGGAUGAUCCAUCGAAGGAAGAGUUAGCUUCUUGUUUUGCGGAUGUUGUGACUCAGAUAGCUCAAGAUCUUACCAUGUCGGGGGAUCACCGUUCUCGCCUAACAAAAUUGGCAAAAUGGCUUGUGGAAUCACAGACAGUUCCUCAAAGGAUCUUCCAAGAGCGUUGUGAGGAGGAGUUUUUAUGGGAAGCUGAAAUGGUUAAAAUAAAAGCCCAAGAUUUGAAGGGGAAAGAGGUGCGAUUAAACACUCGUCUUCUGUACCAGCAGACAAAGUUCAACUUACUCCGUGAAGAAAGCGAGGGAUAUGCCAAAUUGAUUACCCUUUUAUGCCGAGGAUCUGCAGGUUCUUCGCAUAAUGCAUCAGCAGCAACUAUGGGAAUUAUCAAGUCAUUAAUUGGGCAUUUUGACCUUGAUCCGAACCGUGUUUUCGACAUUGUUUUGGAUUGCUUUGAACUUGAACAAGAUUACGACACGUUUCUCAAUCUAAUUCCUAUCUUUCCCAAGUCUCAUGCUUCACAAAUUCUUGGAUUUAAAUUUCAAUACUAUCAGAGAUUGGAGGUGAAUAGUCCAGUUCCAUCUGGGCUCUAUAAGCUUACGGCCUUGCUAGUAAAGAAGAAUUUCAUCAGUCUUGAAAGCAUAUAUGCACAUCUGCUACCUAAGGACGAAGAAGUUUUUGAGGAUUAUAAUACUUAUUCUGCAAAGCGUUUUGAAGAGGCCAAUAAUAUUGGAAAGAUAAAUCUUGCUGCUACUGGGAAGGAUCUUAUGGAGGAUGAGAAGCAAGGAGAUUUCAAAGUUGAUCUCUAUGCUGCUUUAGACAUGGAAACUGAAGCUGUUGCUGAGCGAAUACCAGAGCUUGAAAAUAAUCAGACUCUGGGCCUCCUUGAUGGUUUCCUCUCUGUGGACGACUGGGGUCAUGCCAAUAUCAUGUUCGAGCGUCUUGCGCCUCUUAAUCCGGUGGCUCACAAUCAUAUAUGUGAUGGCUUGUUUAGGCUUAUAGAGAAAAGAAUUACUCAUGCUUAUCGCAUUGCCCGUCAGACACGUUUUCAAAAUUCUUCUUCUGCGGGUUCAGAAAAGAUUGCCCACGCUGCUAAUACAAGUGCCAGUAAAACUUGUUCAGAUCUUAAAGAAGUGUUUCAGAUGCUUGUUACAGUUGGACCCUACUUGUACCGUAAUACACAACUGCUGCAGAAGAUUUGUAGACUAUUAAGGGUUUACUACUUGUCGGCCUUAGAUCUUGUUCGCAGUAGUGAUGGGUCAUCAAAUCAAGAAGGUAGUGCAGAUGAAAUCAAGCACCUGAAGGAAGCUAGGUUUAGAGUGGAAGAAGCCCUUGGAACAUGCCUUCUGUCAUCGUUACAGUUAAUACCUGCAAAUCCAGCAGUUGGUCAUGAGAUUUGGGAAGUGAUGAGUCUCCUUCCAUAUGAGGCUCGUUAUCGCUUAUAUGGUGAGUGGGAAAAGGACGAUGAGCGGAAUCCUUUGCUGUUGGCAGCAAGGCAAGUGGCUAAGUUGGACACUAGAUGGAUUCUGAAACGGCUUGCAAAAGAAAAUUUGAAGCCGUUAGGAAGGAUGGUGGCAAAACUAGCGCAUGCCAAUCCCAUGACGGUGCUUCGGACAAUUGUGACUCAGAUUGAAGCAUACAGAGAUAUGAUUGCUCCUGUUGUAGACGCCUUCAAAUACUUGACACAGCUAGAGUAUGAUGUCCUGGAAUAUGUCGUGAUUGAAAGACUGGUGCAAAGCGGACGAGCUAAACUCAAAGAUGACGGGAUUAAUUUAUCAGACUGGCUUCAAUCCUUGGCUUCAUUUUGGGGUCACCUGUGUAAGAAGUAUCCAUCAAUGGAGUUAAGGGGUCUUUUCCAGUAUCUCGUUAACCAGUUAAAGAGAGGCCAAGGGAUUGAGCUUGUUCUUCUCCAGGAACUGAUCCAGCAGAUGGCAAAUGUACAAUACACUGAGAACCUUACUGAAGAUCAGUUGGAUGCCAUGGCAGGAAGUGAGACAUUACGUUAUCACGCAACAUCCUUUGGCAUGACACGGAACAACAAGGCACUUGUCAAAUCAUCCAACCGUCUACGAGAUUCGUUACUCCCAAAUGACGAACCAAAGCUAGCUAUCCCCCUUUUGUUACUUAUCGCCCAGCAUCGUUCACUGGUUGUGGUAAAUGCGGAUGCACCCUAUAUUAAGAUGGUCACUGAACAGUUCGACAGAUGUCAUGGAAUUCUCCUCCAAUACGUGGACUUUCUUUCUAGCGCUGUUACUCCCGCUACUGCUUAUGCUCAGCUCAUACCUUCGCUUGAAGAGCUUGUUCAUACAUACCAUCUUGAGCCAGAGGUCGCUUUUUUGGUAUUUCGACCUGUGAUGAGGCUCUUUAAGUGUCGACGGAAUGGUGAUAUUUCAUGGCCUUUGGACAGUGGGGAAUCUAUUGAUGCAGAUUCCGAUGUAUCAAAAUCUGAGAGUUCCAUGAUUCUUGAUGUCGGCACAUCUGAAAAAGCUGUAACGUGGUCUGAUGUUCUUGAUACAGUAAGAACAAUGCUGCCCUCGAAAGCUUGGAAUAGUCUGUCGCCAGACCUCUACGCUACAUUUUGGGGGCUUACUCUGUAUGAUCUCCAUGUUCCCAGAAGUCGUUAUGAGUCUGAGAUAUCUAAACAACAUGCUGCCCUUAAGACUCUGGAAGAGGUUGCUGAUAAUUCCAGCUCUGCAAUUACGAAGAGAAAAAAAGAGAAGGAAAGGAUUCAAGAAUCUCUUGAUCGUCUAACCGGUGAACUGAAAAAGCAUGAAGAACAUGUUGCCUCUGUCCGUAGAAGGUUUUCACGUGAAAAGGAUAAAUGGUUGAGCUCCUGUCCUGAUACUUUGAAGAUCAAUAUGGAGUUCCUGCAACGUUGUAUUUUCCCUCGUUGCACAUUUAGCAUGGCAGAUUCUGUGUACUGUGCUAUGUUUGUACAUAUGCUCCACUCUCUUGGAACACCCUAUUUUAACACAGUCAACCACAUUGAUGUACUGAUAUGUAAAACGCUACAACCGAUGAUCUGCUGCUGCACUGAAUACGAAGUUGGACGACUUGGGAGGUUUUUAUUCGAGACCUUGAAGAUUGCAUACCACUGGAAGAGCGCAGAAUCAAUCUAUGAAAGUGAAUGCGGAAACAUGCCUGGGUUUGCUGUUUAUUAUAGAUACCCGAACAGCCAGCGUGUCACAUUUGGACAAUUUGUGAAGGUACAUUGGAAAUGGUGUGCAAAAAUCACAAAGCUUUUGAUCCAGUGUCUGGAGUCAAACGAGUACAUGGAGAUUCGUAAUGCCCUUAUUAUGCUAACAAAAAUAUCUGGUGUUUUCCCAGUUACUCGGAAAACUGGAUAUAAUAUCGAGAAACGGGUAGCGAAAAUUAAAAAUGAUGAGCGAGAGGACCUUAAGGUCUUGGCAACUGGUGUUGCCGCUGCUCUAUCUGCAAGAAAAUCAUCAUGGGUUACUGACGAAGAAUUUGGCAUGGGUUACCUUGAACUAAAGGCUCCGCCAGUACAUACUCCUAAACAUACUCCUUCCCAGAAUGGCUUGGUAGGUGGUGAAUCAACUGGGGGAAGAUCUACUGCUAACCAGCAGCCUGAGUCUGGCGGCAAGGACCAGUUGUCAAAAAGUAAAAUACCAGAUGGAAGAACGGAAAAUAUGCCUUCAAAAUCUGAUCAAGGACAUCCAAAAUCAAAGGGAGGCAAUCCAUCGGAUGCCCAACCAUCUGUGUCUAAGAAACCAGUGGACCAAAAGGAAACAGAUGAAUCACCCAAAAUAUCUGAUGAGAAUCCUGUCAAAGCUGGUUCAAAGUACUCUGAAGCCGAGUUAAAACCUUCUUCUAAACGAGGUGCAUCGGCUACAUCGAUGAACAAAUCAACAAAGCAAGAUUUUGGAAAAGAUGAUGGAAAGUCCGGUAAAGCUGCUGGAAGAACAUCCGCAGCUGACAACGAUGUUAUUUAUCUGGGGAGCAGGCAAGCAAGUUUGACCAAAGCUUCUCCCAGCACAGCAGGCAAUGGUAGCUUAGCUACUGGUUCUUCCAAAGUGAAAGAUGAUGGUGCUGAAGCUACAGAUACUCAAAAGCAAUCUACUCGGACUGCUCAUUCCCCUAGGCAUGAAAUUAGCACUUCUUCGAGGUCGAGUGAUAGGUUACAGAAACGAGCUAAUGCUGUUGAAGAUAGUGACAGAACAAGUAAACGCCGUAAAGCAGACUCUGAGCACAAAGAGCAUGACAGUGAGGCUCGACCGAGUGAUAGAGACAGAUCAGCAGAGGCUAGGGUGGAUUUAAACAAAACACCCAGUGAUGACCAAAGCACCCAGAGAGAUCAAGACAGGGCAAAGGAUAAGGGUAAUGAAAGACAGGACAGGGACCACAGAGAAAGAGUCGAGCGUUCUGAUAAAACUCGUGCAGAUGAUGUGGUAAAAGCACGAGAUAAAUCCAUGGAACGCUAUGGUAGAGAGCGCUCAGUUGAGAGGGGGCUUGAUAAAGGAACAACUAGGAGUUACGAUAGAAACAAGGAUGAAAGAAGCAAAGAUGACAGAAGCAAAUUGCGUCAUAGCGACGCGUCACUUGAGAAAGCUCAUGGUGAUGAUCGUUCUAUUUCUCAAGGCUUACCCCCACCUCCACCGCUACCUCCUAACAUCGUUCCACAAUCUAUGGCCUCGAAAGAAGAACCCGAAAGGAGGGCCGGAGGUACAAGGCAUUCCCAGAGGCUUUCUCCGAGGCAUGAUGAAAGAGAGAGACGACGCUCUGAAGAGAAUACAUCAGUUUCUGUGGAAGAGUCGAAACGAAGAAGAGAUGACGAUUUUCGUGACCGAAAGCGAGAGGACCGAGAAACCAUCAUCCUGAAGGGAGAAGAAAGGGAAAGAGAGAGGGAAAGAGAAAGAGAAAAAAGUAUCCCAUUGAAAGAUGAUUUUGAAGCCUCCAAGAGAAGGAAGAUAAAGAGGGAUCAACAGGUCUCAUCUGCAGAGCCAGGGGAAUACUCUCCAAUGCCACACCAGUCAUCUUUGUCAAUGGGUAUGGGACCAUCAUCGUACGAAGGCAGAGAGCAGCGAAAGAGCAGUAGUAGUAUGAUUCAACAUGGAGGUUAUCCUGAAGAGCCAAGCAUCAGACUUCUUGGCAAAGAAGCUUCCAGCAAGAUGGCUCGUCGUGAUCCUGACCCAAUGUAUGAUCGUGAGUGGGAAGAAGACAAGAGGCAGAGAGCAGAACGGAAGCGGAGAGAUCGGAAGUAGACUCUGAUGAUUCCAAGAUCCUACGUUUGUUUUAAGAUUAUUUAUCAUGAAAAGUCGGAAUUUUAAACAUCUACAUUAUUGUGAUUGAUAUCUUUCUUUGUUGACAAUGCCUUACGGUUCCAAUAACAAUCACGGUUUUGGCUUUUA